AUGUCACCCGGGAAUUCUAUUAUGAAUGGCACGGCCACGAAUGGUCAUAUUAAUAAAAUUGUAAAAACCGAAAUAUCAAGAGAAAUAAAAGAAACGAAUGAAAAUAAUGGUUUCACGAACGGAAAGCAUACAAUCGAAGAUAAAGAAUGGUCACCAUCAUCAUGGAGAACAAAAACAAUAAAGCAAGCUGUUGUUUAUGAAGAUAAAGAACAUCUACAACGGGUCUCGAAUAGUUUACAACAUUUACCCCCAAUGGUUACGCCCACAGAGAUUCAUAACCUUCGAAAUCAACUUAAACAAGUUGCGCUUAAUAAGGCUUUUUUAUUACAAGGCGGAGAUUGUGCGGAACGUUUUGAAUAUUGUUCUCAAGAUUCAAUCGAGUCAAAGUUAAAAGUACUAUUACAAAUGAGUUUGGUAUUGGUUUGGGGCGCCAGAAUUCCUGUCGUUAGAAUUGCUAGAAUGGCUGGUCAAUAUGCUAAACCUCGCUCAAGUCCGACAGAAAAAGUUGAAGGUAAAGAGGUCCCUUCCUUUCGCGGUGAUAAUGUUAAUGGCUACGAUCCAUCUGAUAGAAAGCCCAAUCCAGAACGUCUUUUAAGCGCGUAUUUUCAUUCUGCUGCCACAUUAAAUUAUGUAAGAUCGCUCAUAGGAUCAGGGUUUGCCGAUCUAAAUCGACCAUCGGAAUGGUCUUUACAUCAUGUUCGAUCAAAUGGAACUCGACAAGAAUAUCAAACGAUAGUUGAUCGUUUAACCGAUUCUUUAAACUUCAUGCGUACGAUUGGAGCCAAUACUUCAUUUUCACCGAUCUCAAACUCACUAAAUAGUGUUGACUUGUUUAUGUCGCACGAAGGAUUAUUAUUGGACUAUGAACAAUGUUUAACAAGGUUAUUACCUGAUCCCGAAACUGGGGAAAAAAAAUGGUACAAUGUUGGAACUCAUUUCUUAUGGAUUGGUGAUCGUACACGCCAAUUAAAUGAAGCCCAUGUGGAAUAUUUUAGAGGAAUUCAAAAUCCUAUUGGAAUUAAAGUUGGACCAUCCAUGAAACCUGAUGAAUUGCAAAAUUUGUUGGAUAUUGUUAAUCCUAAUAAAGAAAUUGGAAAAGUUACUUUAAUUACGCGUUAUGGAGCUCAUCAAGUUGAAAAAUAUUUACCGUUUCACAUUCAAGCUGUCAAGGAAUCAGGACAUAUCGUCGUUUGGGCGUGUGAUCCGAUGCACGGAAACACAAAACAAUCGUUAUCUGGUGUAAAAACAAGACAUUUCAAUUCAAUAAUUGAGGAACUAUCAAAAGCGAUACAUAUUCAUAAAGCCAAUAAUAGUCAAAUGAAUGGAGUACACUUUGAACUAACAGGUGAAGGUGUAACAGAAUGUAUUGGUGGUUCAAUGCAAUUAGCCGAUGCAGAUUUAUCUUUGAAUUAUAAAACUUCUUGUGAUCCUCGUUUAAAUUAUGAACAAAGUUUAGACGUUGCUUUCUUAAUUGCUAAAUAUUAUGAAAAAGAAAGAUUUGGUUAUUUGCCUAGAGCAGCUACCGUUAUUGUAAUUCUCGAUCAUAAACAUGCAGAAGCCAAAGUUCAAGAUCAUGAAAUCAAAGAAUUCCCAAGUACCUUUGAAAGAGGUGGUCCGAAAAAUUUGCCAAUUGCUACUCAUUUGACAGAUGACAAAGAUUAUGAAGCAAAGAAAAUGCGUAUAGUUAUUCUUGGUUCCGGGUGGGGGGCUGUAUCAGUCAUUAAUGAAUUGGAGAAAGACCAGUAUCAUGUUACAGUUAUAUCACCGCAGCCGCUUCUUCCCUCUGCGACUGUAGGCACACUUGAAACUAGAUCACUCUUAGAACCUAUCCGAUGUAUUAUUAGAGGCAUAUCGGCACAUUUUCUUGAGGCCAAAGCUUCGGAUAUUUGUUUUAACGAAAAAUUGGUCGAAGUUGUUCCAAAUGAUGAAUCGAGCGAACCAUUUUACAUUCCGUAUGAUAAGCUCGUAAUUGCCGUAGGUUCUUUAUCGAUGACUUAUGGAAUUGAGGGUAUUGAACAUUGUCAUUUUUUGAAAACGAUAAAUGAUGCCCGUAGGAUCAGGAAAACAAUUAUGGAUAAUUUCGAAAAAGCAGCUUUACCAACAACAUCGCCCGAAGAAAGGAAACGUCUUUUAAGUUUUGUUGUUUGCGGAGGCGGACCCACCGGUGUUGAAUUCGCAGCAGAAUUAUAUGAUUUUCUAACCGAAGAUAUGGUUAAAUACCAGUUUCCAUCAGUCCUUAGGAAUGAAGUGAAAGUUAGCAUCAUUCAAAGUCAAGACCAUAUUUUAAAUACGUAUGACGCGAAAAUUAGUGACUUUGCUGAGAAAAAAUUUAGACGUGAUCAUAUUAAUAUCAUAACGAAUGCGAGAGUUCAAAAAGUAGAACCCAAUCAUAUUGUAUAUAAACUGAAGAGUGACGGUGAGGUAAAAGAACUCGAUUAUGGAUUAGUUUUAUGGUCUACUGGAAUUGCCAUGAACCCAUUGACAAAGUCAAUAUCAGAAAAAUUAGAAGCCCAGAAAAAUACACGUGCACUUAUUACAGAUAAUAGACUUCGUCUUAAGGGAAUAUCUGAUUCCUCAGUGUAUGCAAUAGGAGAUUGUUCAACUGUCGAAAAUCCAAAAUUAGUUCAAAAUUUGAUGCAGUUUUUUGUUGAUGGUGAUGUUGAUAAAAGUGGAUAUUUGAGUUACGAUGAAUUUCAUGCUUUAGCAAAAAAAAUCGGCAGACGAUAUCCUAUAACAAAAAGUUAUUUGAAAAAGGCCGACACUCUUUUUGCACGCUAUGACAAAGAUAAGAGCGGUAUGCCUAAAAGAUUGGAAGAAUUGCGUGUCAUGUUUGAAGAUAUUGACAAAAAACUGACAUCAUUACCAGCGACUGCGCAAGUAGCUCAUCAGCAAGGUAAAUAUUUAGGUAAAAACCUAAAUCAAAUAGCUUUAGCGCACAAAACAAACACGCUUCCAUUCUCAUCGGAUUAUUCAGAUGAAACUGAAAAUCCUGAUAUCAAUGAUCGAUUACCACCAUUUUCGUACGCACAUCUGGGAUCACUUGCUUAUGUCGGUAAUGCUGCCGUAGCUGAUUUUGGUAUGGGAUGGACUUGGAUGGGAGGUUUAUCCGCUGUUUAUUUAUGGAGAAGUGUGUAUUUCAGUGAACAAGUUUCUCUUAGAACAAGAGCUUUACUGGCUUUAGAUUGGUCAAAGCGAUAUAUGUUCGGUAGAGAUAUUUCAAAGUUUUAA